ACACAAGUAUACAGGGCGCUUCAAUGCAGAUGACCACCGUGUGUUACUGUGGGUUCCAGAGCCGCCUCUUUGGGACUUAGUGACCUGUUUCUUGUCAGGACACGUACAUGAAGUAAACUCCGGAGUACUGUUUACGGGGGAAAUGAAUGGCAAGUGUGGUGACUUUUGGCCUCAUGAUGUCCUCACAAUAGUAGCCAGCGACUCCGCAGGAUCGUGUGGCUUGUCCCCAUCGACCAGUACGGAAAGUCUGCGCUCGAUUCUGGAAGACCAUUUCAGUGAAAACCGCCAUCACGUGACCAACCUCCCAGGGAAGCUGGCCGCAGAAACUUACAUUUACGACACUCUGAAGAGUUACGGCAUGCAGAUUUACGUCGAUGAGUUCGAUUCAGAGUACUCUGGGUACAAAGGUAAGAAUAUCGUAGGGAUAUGGCGGGGCACUGGCACUCCUGAACUACGACCAAAGCAAGACAAGCCCGUGAUCCUGGGAGCUCACUACGACACCUGCAGGAACGAUCCCGGAGUGGACGAGAACGGAUCUGGUGUUGCAGCUCUGAUGGAAGCCGCUAGGGUCAUCUCCUCACUGCCGUGCCUCCUAGUCCACUCCGUGGUCUUCGCCUUCUUUGACCUGAAAUGCAAUGAAUCGGGUGCUGACAAGGCAGCGUGCGCUGAUGGGCAGUGUGGAAGCGAGCAUUUCGUGGAACAAACUCUUGUCCCUUAUUUAGGGUACCUUGACGUCAAACUAUCGGACGUUCAGGGUGUGAUCAUCAUGGACACCGUACUCAACUACAACAACUCAAAAGGCUCACAAACAGCUCCGGAGGGUUUUGAAAACACUCCUUUGUGGGACGAAGUCUACGUGGAAGAGGAAGCCGACGGCAUGCGAGGAAAUUUCAUCGGUAUCUUCACCAGGCAGCUUUAUGACCAGCCGCUGUAUUCCAUCUUCCACAAUAGAUGGGACGAGGAAUGCGAUCCACAGUACAAGAGACGGGAUGUGCUUUUCCCCUACAAAAACAUUGCCGAGGAGGCAGACACGUCCACAGAUCCCUACUGGAACCUUUACCAGAUCGGUUCACAGGACCUAGGCAGCUUCUGGAAAGCCAGCGGUGACAUCAAGGGAUUGCUCUUAUCAGACACAGCAAACGCUCGUCACAGAGACGUUGGCAGCAACGAGAAACUGCCCCUGACGAACGAAAGGCUUGGGUUCCUGAAGAAGAUAACAAACGUGGUGAUCGGGACCACGAUGGACCUAGCCGGUGGAAGGGAAAGGUGUCACCCCGACGCCCGACCAAUUGAGAACCUGAUCCCGGAAGGGUUUGUUGAGGGAGCUCAGUUGGAAGGAAAGUUGUCUCUGCCAGGAGGUGCCAAAGACUACAGUUUCGUGGUCAAGACGUUGACGUUGCCUACUCUAAGGGUGGACGCUACUCUCUCCAACAGCACCUGGAGCCUCGACGUAUCAGGUCAUUUCUGGCCCAGAGAACGUGUUCUAGCUCUGCGCAUACAGGUACCGAAAUGGGAGUCACUGUCAUGUAGGAUGAUUGGACCCUUGGUGGAGAGCGAUUCAGGUGCGCUGUAUUCUGGUGCCAUUCACGGUUCAUGUAGCGGUGCCUGGCCGGAGGGCCAUGUUGGCUUCACCCUACAAAGUUCCAUAGGUAGGAAAACUGCCGGCGUAGGUGUAGGGAAUGGCAGCCUUGUUGCUGUCGGAAUACUUGUUGGAGUAAUCCUCACGCUCCUGGUUGGUGCUGCCGUGUGGUACUUCCGUAAAAGGCGGCCAAUGAGGGGUGGACCAUCCUUCACGCCUCUGCCUGUAUCUACCUAACUCUUCACAUGGAAUCUUCGGGACGACGUCCUUAUUUCAAACACGUACGGCAGUAUAAUUACCCACUGGUGAUGACACUAGCACUGCGAUUUGUGAAAUACGUCAUAUUCAAAAUUUAAAAGAAAAUCACAAUGAUGGAGCGUUGUUGUCUUUUUCAAAGUAUGUUCAUGUUAUGUUUAGUGAAUGAUAAGAUAAAACUGAAUUAUUGAAUUACCAGAUCACUCACAAAUACAAUAAAGAAAAUGCUUUUUUCUUUCAUAAAGUAAGAUUUUUGUCUACCUUGUCAAAUUUCAUGUAAACUUUAUAAGUAAAGCAAACAUAGCUUUCCUGCCACUCUCGCUGUAUCUAAUUAACUUAUUGCAUUUAGCUUCAACGGGAAAUGAAGCUUGAUUGCCAUUGUUGUUUAGAAAGACAGUCAGCUAAAUUAAAAGGUAUAAUUCAAUAAAGGUUGCUCAAUGUAAAUGCGUUUUUGAAGUGACUUGAUUACAUCAAAGAAAUGUAUGUCAAUAAGAUAUACAUGUAGGCUCUAUUCCCACUAGGAUGACGUUAUCCAAAUAGAUUAGACAUCUUUAGGACGAAAUUCAAAGCAGAAGUUUAGCAUUCCAUACUCUGUUGGACUUUGAACAACAACUGAUGUAAGGAUGUGUAGUAAACAUUGUACUUCUUUGUUCAGUUUGUUGAUAUACUUGUGCUUGUAUAAUACAUAUUAUCUUUAUGAUUAGAAUAUGUAACAAAUAUGGUGCCUAAUGCAUGUCAGUUUUACAUCGCUAAACUGCAUUUGCUGCAUUAUUCGCCCGAAAUCUAUAAAAAAUAAAUCACAAAAGAUC